UUUCUAGGCACAACUACUAAAAGGGCAAGGGAAUUUGAUGGCCCUAGUGGAUCCAAGGUUGGGCUCAGACUUCAACAAAGAAGAGAUGAUGCUUACAAUCAAUGUGGCUCUCCUCUGCUGCAAUGCCACUUCAACAGUUAGGCCUACCAUGUCUUCAGUUGUGAGCAUGCUUGAAGGCAGGGCUGCUGUUCAGGAAUUGGUCUCAGAUCCAAACGCCUCAACUAAUGAGAUCGAAGCAAUGAGGAAACAUUUUGAAUCCAGUUCCGGAAGGAAAACCGGUGAGAGCCAGACACAAACCGCGUCAACUGAAGGGCCUUGGACUGGUUCAUCUACUUCUGCUCAUGAUCUCUAUCCAGUCAAUCCUGAUUCAACUUACUUGGACAACAGAAAUGAGAGAAACUGAGCAAACUGUCUUGACUCUCAAACAUUUAUGUUCAUAUAUCAUCUCUACUCCC